AUGGCUCAUCUUAAAAAGCUUUCAGAGAGGCUAUCAAUGCAGAUGAAGCCAACGGUCAAAAAGCUUGUAACAAUUCUUGAUGGCAGCGAUGAAAGUACCCUUCAAAUUGAAAGCAACAGACUUCCUAAUAUCACCAGGAAAUGCAAAGAAUUAUACAUCCCAUCCCUACUGAUGACAGCAGCCUACAAUAAAUUACCAUGUCUUUCAGCCACACAAAUAGGCAUUGAUAUUUCUGCUAUGGUUGUUCACAAGAACCUCGAGCCAAACAAAUGGAGUGACUACAUAGGGAUUGAAUCAGACUACAAUGUCUAUAUAAAUCCUCUGAUAAAAAAUAUUAGCAAGGAAAGAGAUUUACAGCUAGAAGAAUGCCCAUCUUUUCCCAAUAUACAAGCUGAAAUAUAUCGAUAUAAAAAUAUUGAUAUUAAAUAUAAGAAUCUCCAAGAUCAAGAAAUUGAAGAAUCGCUUGAAGGGUUUAAUGCCAGAAUUUUCCAAAAAUCGAUAGACUUGCUAUGGGGAUUUAAUAUUAUAAGUUUUUCUGUGACUAAUGGAAAAAUUAAAUACAAAAAUCCGAUAGAAAAUUCAGUUCUUGAUGAAGUUUUAGAAGAGUUUAAUAAGCGAAUGGCAGAAGCGAAAAGCAGGUUAGAAGAUAGAUACAUACUCCCCACCUCCAUGAGCAAACAAAACAAUUAGAAAAAUCCCUAUUUUUUGCUCAAAAACCAACCCCUGCGUGAGCGAACAAAAAUUUUUAUGGAAAAAAUUUUGAUAUAAGUGAUAAUUAGUAUAAUAAAAUCUCGAGCUAAUUCUGUUUAAUUUUAAACAAAUCGCGUUUUAAAACAUUAAUUUUAUAAAUUAAAUUAAUAUUUGCUUUCCGAUUUUUGCGAAUUAGAUUUUUUUUAAAUUUUGAAAAACCAUUUUUUUUAUUAUGUGUAAAUUUUUUUAAAACAAAAACUUAACCCCCUCCAUGAGCGAACAAGAUUUUUUUGUUUGCUCACAGAUGGGGAGGAGCUAGUAGAUGAGUCUUUUAAAGAAAAUGUAGAUAAAAGUGAUGCUGACAAAAAUGAGUAUUUUGAAAGGGUAAUUUUGGAUUAUGAGUUUGAACUCGAAUUUUUCCAAAAUGUCUCUGAGGCCAUGAAGGAAGAUUUAUUAGAAGAGAAAAAGGAUGAUAAAUCUGAGCUUGAUUAUGAAUCUGAGCCUGAACCUGAAACUAAACGUAGAUCUAAGCCAAACUCAAAGUCUAAUACGCAUAAAUAA